AUGUCAAAUCUCCUCUUGAAGCUGCACAAGGAUCUCCCUCGCCGCAAACUGCUGAUUGUGGUGAUGGACGGCCUUGGUAUCGGCCCGGAGGAUGACUACGAUGCGGUGCACAUGGCUUCGACCCCGUUUAUGGACGCGCAGCGCCAGAACAGCCGCCACUUUCGCUCCGUCCGAGCGCACGGUACCGCCGUGGGUCUGCCCACCGACGCCGAUAUGGGCAACAGCGAGGUCGGCCACAACGCCCUCGGCGCUGGGCGCGUGGUCCUCCAGGGUGCCUCCCUGGUCGACGACGCGCUUAAGAGCGGUGAGAUCUUCACUGGCGAGGGGUAUCGCUACCUCCUCGGCGCCUGCAGCAAAGAGGACAGCACGUUGCAUCUGAUUGGUCUGCUAAGCGACGGUGGCGUGCACUCGCGGGACAACCAGAUUUACUCCAUCAUCGAGCGCGCCGCCAAGGAUGGCGCCAAGAGGAUUCGUGUGCACGUGCUCUACGAUGGCCGCGACGUGCCCGAUGGCUCUUCGUUCCGCUUCACAGAGGAGCUAGAGGCGGUGCUGGCGAAGGUGCGCCAGGACGGCUGUGAUGCGGCGAUUGCUAGCGGCGGUGGCCGCAUGUUCGUGACGAUGGACCGCUACGAGGCGGACUGGAGCAUUGUGGAGCGCGGCUGGAAGGCGCAGGUGCUCGGCGACGCCCGCCACUUCCGCAGCGCGAAGGAGGCCAUCACGACGUUCCGCGAGGAGGACCCCAAGGUGACGGACCAGUACUACCCGCCCUUUGUCGUCGUUGACGAGCAGGACAAGCCGCUCGGCACCAUCGAGGACGGCGACGCCGUUCUAUGCGUUAACUUCCGUGGCGAUCGCGUGAUUGAGAUGACGCGCGCUUUCGAGGAUGAAGACUUCGCCAAGUUCGACCGCGUGCGCGUGCCGAAGGUCCGCUACGCCGGCAUGAUGCGCUACGACGGUGACCUCGGUAUCCCGAACAACUUCCUCGUGCCGCCGCCGAAGCUGACCCGCGUGAGCGAGGAGUACUUGUGUGGCAGUGGGCUCAAGAUCUUCGCCUGCUCUGAGACGCAGAAGUUUGGCCACGUGACUUACUUCUGGAACGGCAACCGCAGUGGCAAGAUAGACGACGAGCACGAGACCUUCAAGGAGGUGCCGAGCGACCGCGUCCACUUCAACAAGCAGCCGAAGAUGAAGUCGGCCGAGAUCACUGAGGCGGCCAUCGAAGCCCUGAAGGGCGGCAUGUACGAUGUGGUGCGUAUCAACUUCCCCAACGGCGACAUGGUUGGUCACACGGGCGACCUCAAGGCUACCAUUGUCGGCGUCCAGGCGGUGGACGAGUCGCUGGCGAAGCUCAAGGACGCGGUGGACAAUGUCAACGGCGUCUUCAUCGUGACGGCCGACCAUGGCAACUCUGACGACAUGGCGCAGCGCGACAAAAAGGGCAAGCCGAUAAAGGAUGAGAAGGGGAAUGUGCUCCCUCUCACUUCCCACACCCUCUCCCCGGUUCCGGUGUUCAUUGGUGGUGCGGGUCUCGACCCCCGCGUAAAGAUGCGCACAGACAUGCCAGCAGCGGGUCUCGCGAAUGUCACGGCCACCUUCAUUAACUUGCUUGGCUUUGAGGCGCCGGAGGACUACGAGCCCAGCCUGAUCUGCGUCGAGAACUGA